GGGGUCUCUCACCAACAGCAACAUAAAAAAAUAAUAGAAUAUUCAAAAGGGUGAGAGAGAGAGAGAGAGAGAGAGCCCCUUUUUUCGUUUUCUCUCUGGAAACACCAAAAGCAACCACUACUGCUGCGGUGUUGGUAGUACGGCCCUCAUCGGUUUUCUGCUUUUCACGACACCAUCAUGGUGAGGAAGAGGAGAACUGAGCUUCCUAGCGGAAGUGAAAGCUCUGAGUCUGGUUCCCAGCGUCCCGCUGCUCCACCAGCACAACAACAACAACAACAACAAGGUGCCGGAGGUUCCCAAGGGGGAAGGGGAUCUCCGCCUCAACAGCAGGGUGGAGGGGGUUACCCACAACAACAAGGUGGAGGAGUUUACCAAAGUGGAAGGGGAGCUCCGCCUCAACAACAGGGUGGAGGUUACCAAGGUGGAAGAGGAUCUACUCCACAGGGAGGGCGUGGGGGUUAUGGUGGUGGCCGUGGAGGCUAUCCAACGCCACAACAGCAGUAUGGCGGCCCUCCUGAAUAUCAAGGCAGAGGCAGGGGAGGGCCUCCUCAGCAAGGAGGCCGAGGAGGGUACAGUGGCGGUCGUGGAGGACCUUCUCCUGGUGGCCCAUCCAGAUCACCAGUUUCCGAGCUGCACCAAGCAACCCCAGUUCCUUAUCAAGCUGGAAUCACCCCUCAGCCUGCUUAUCAAGCAAGUUCAUCAUCUCAUCCACCCGAGCCUUCAGAAGUGGCAGAGCAGCUUCAGCAGGUUUCCAUCCAGCAAGAGGAAGCUCCUAGUCAGGCCAUUCAACGCGUUCCAGUCUCUAGCAAGGGUAUGAGGUUCCCUCUUCGCCCUGGUAAGGGUAAGACUGGCACAAGGUGUACAGUCAAGGCAAAUCAUUUCUUUGCUGAAUUACCAGACAAGGAUCUGCACCAAUAUGAUGUAACUAUUACUCCAGAAGUCACAUCACGGGGUGUAAACCGUGCUGUGAUGUCUCAGCUAGUGAAAACCUACAAGGACUCCCAUCUUUCAAGCCGGCUUCCUGCUUAUGAUGGACGGAAGAGCCUGUAUACUGCUGGACCUCUUCCUUUCCAGUCGAAGGAGUUCAAAAUCACUCUUCUGGAUGAUGAGGAGGGACAGGCUGGACAAGCCCGGCGAGAGAGAGAUUUCAGAGUUGUGAUUAAAUUCGCUGCUCGUGCUGACCUGCACCAUUUAGGUCUCUUUUUGCAAGGGAGGAUAGCUGAUGCACCCCAGGAGGCCCUUCAGGUUCUUGACAUUGUUCUAAGGGAGUUGCCUACUUCUAGGUACUGUCCUGUGGGGCGUUCAUUUUACGACCCUGGCUUGGGGAGAAGACAACCACUUGGUGAGGGUUUGGAAAGCUGGCGUGGUUUCUACCAGAGUAUUCGUCCAACUCAAAUGGGUCUAUCUUUAAAUAUUGAUAUGUCCUCGACAGCUUUUAUUGAGCCAUUGCCAGUUAUUGAGUUUGUAACCCAGCUACUGAAUCGUGAUGUUCAAGCGAGGCCACUUUCUGAUUCUGAUCGUGUAAAGAUUAAAAAGGCUCUACGUGGAGUGAGGGUUGAAGUUACACACCGAGGAAAUAUGCGCAGAAAAUACCGCAUCUCUGGUUUAACGUCCCAGGCAACAAGAGAAUUAACUUUUCCUGUGGACGAAAGAGGAACGAUGAAAUCGGUUGUUGAAUACUUUCAUGAAACCUACGGUUUUGCCAUUCAACAUCCAUAUUGGCCUUGUCUUCAAGUUGGAAAUCAACAGCGACCAAACUAUUUACCCAUGGAGGUCUGUAAAAUUGUUGAGGGACAAAGGUACUCCAAGAGAUUGAAUGAGAGACAGAUAACUGCUUUGCUCAAGGUGACCUGUCAGCGCCCUCAAGAAAGGGAGCGUGAUAUUAUGCAGACAGUACGUCAUAAUGCCUAUGCUGAAGAUCCUUAUGCACAGGAGUUUGGAAUUAAAAUUAGUGAGAAUCUGGCUCAGGUUGAAGCUCGUAUUCUUCCUCCACCGUGGCUUAAAUACCAUGAUACUGGAAGGGAAAAGGAUUGCCUGCCCCAAGUUGGACAGUGGAAUAUGAUGAAUAAGAAAAUGGUAAAUGGAGGAAAAGUAACCAAUUGGAUCUGCAUAAAUUUUUCCCGCAACGUACAAGACAGUGUGGCAAAAGGAUUUUGUUAUGAACUUGCUCAGAUGUGUCACAUUUCUGGCAUGGCAUUUAACCCUGAGCCCGUGCUUCCACCAGUCAGUGCUCGACCUGAUCAGGUGGAAAAGGUCUUAAAAACUCGAUACCAUGAUGCAAUGACUAAGAUUCCGGGCAAGGAGCUUGACCUUCUUGUCGUCAUUUUGCCAGAUAAUAAUGGCUCUCUUUAUGGUGAUUUAAAAAGGAUCUGUGAGACGGAUCUUGGCCUAGUAUCCCAGUGCUGUUUAACUAAACAUGUGUUUAGAAUGAGUAAACAGUAUUUGGCAAACGUUGCCUUGAAGAUAAAUGUGAAGGUCGGGGGACGGAACACAGUACUUGUUGAUGCAAUCUCCAGGCGUAUUCCCUUGGUCAGCGACCGUCCUACAAUAAUUUUUGGCGCUGAUGUGACACAUCCUCAUCCAGGGGAGGAUUCAAGCCCAUCAAUUGCAGCUGUUGUGGCUUCUCAAGACUGGCCGGAAAUUACCAAGUAUGCUGGUUUAGUAUGUGCUCAAGCCCAUCGUCAGGAGCUCAUCCAAGAUUUGUUUAAACAGUGGCAGGAUCCAGUAAAAGGGACAAUGUCUGGUGGAAUGAUAAAGGAACUGCUUAUUUCCUUUCGUAGAGCAACAGGGCAGAAGCCUCAACGCAUCAUUUUCUACAGGGAUGGUGUCAGUGAGGGCCAAUUCUACCAAGUUCUACUGUAUGAACUUGAUGCAAUUCGUAAGGCCUGUGCUUCACUGGAGCCAAAUUAUCAGCCUCCUGUGACUUUUGUUGUUGUUCAAAAGCGUCAUCAUACAAGAUUGUUUGCAGACAACCAUCGUGAUCGCAAUGCAAUUGACAGGAGUGGGAACAUAUUACCUGGUACGGUCGUGGACUCCAAAAUCUGUCACCCAACUGAGUUUGACUUCUACCUCUGCAGCCAUGCAGGAAUUCAGGGUACAAGCCGCCCAGCUCAUUACCAUGUGCUGUGGGAUGAAAAUAAGUUCACAGCAGAUGCACUCCAGUCCCUUACCAAUAAUCUUUGCUAUACAUAUGCAAGGUGUACACGCUCAGUUUCAAUCGUUCCUCCUGCAUAUUAUGCUCAUCUCGCUGCGUUCCGAGCGAGAUUUUACAUGGAGCCUGAGACCUCAGAUAGCGGUUCAAUGUCAAGUGGUGCUCAUGGACGUGGAGGUGGCAUGGCUGGUGCUGGUGGAGGACGGAGCACUCGAGCACCGGGUCCAAAUGCUGCUGUGAGGCCUUUACCUGCACUGAAAGAGAAUGUGAAGAAGGUCAUGUUCUACUGCUAGAGGGAUGUCUCAACUGCAAGUAGAAGUUGGCAGAUUUUUAAGAAAUUUGUAGUUUAAGUUGAAAAGCUCUAGUUUCGUUUUGGAUUGUUCCAAUGCUUUUACCGCUUUGGUUCAAUUAGUAGGUACAUUUCUUAAGACUUCUUCCAAGUAGGCAACUGGUAUGCAUUGUUGCUGCACCCGUCUGGGUAAAUCUAGUCUAGUUAUUAUCCAGGGAUUGCAUGCCAUGAUAUAGUGCCGAACAAUUAGUGGCUUUUGUUAUUUUAAACAUGGGCUGGUUGAACGUGAAUGAAUCUGGUAAUGCACUAAUCUUAUUACGUCAAAAAGCCGGAUGCUUGUUUGAUAAGCUAUAAAUGUAAAUGCUUCAGUGUGCUAGUUUAUGUUAUAA